AUGAGGGUAUUGACAUCAGAUUUGGAGACUGGUGGGAUUGGAGUGAUCAAUAUAUUAACAAAUAAAAUAGUCUUUGAGCUAUCGAGGCAACUGAGAUUCAAGAAGACACAUUCAUUAGAAUCUUUGGGGAAGAAGUUAUAUGUUCAGAAAUUUUGUUAUUUUGAAAGAGAUGGUGGUCAUUACCUUAUUGCAGGUCGAAAGGGUUUAACUAUACAGAUAUUUGAUGUUGAUGAUAAUUUUAAACUAAUAUCAACAAAGCAAUUGAUGACGAAUAUUGAUUUGGGUGAUUUCUUUGUUACAAUGGAAGUUAUGAAUGGAGAAUUUAGAGCAUGUACAGGUUUAGGUUAUUGUUAUUUUCUUAGAUUAACUGCAUUAAUGAGUUCAUGUUUUAAUGAUUUUUCAAUGUCGUUUGGAUUACAUGGUUCUGUAAGUUUUAUGAAGUUCCUACCACAAUCACAAAGCUCUUUGGUUAUCAUUGGGGGUAAAGAUCGUGAAAUUGCUAUAAUUGAUGUUGAUUCUCAUUUAACUAUAUGGAAAUCUAAAACUUCUAAGAAAAUUGAUAAAUUAUACCAACAAUAUAUGACAAAAGAACCAUUAUGGGUACAAGAUGUUGUCAUUACGAAAGAGACUGAUUCAGAAGUUAAGUUCAUUGCAGCUACAAGGUUUGGGAAAUUGUUAUUUUUCAAUACUCAAGUAUCAAGAUUCCCAAUUGAUGAAAUUGAAAUUUCUGAAAAUCCUAUCAAACAUUUAAGAUUAUUAAAUGAUACUUUAUUCAUUGCUGAUUCAUUCGAUAAUGUGAUAUUAUUUGAUUAUGAAAAUCAAACAAUCAUGAAUAAAUUUCAUAUGAAAACAGGUGCAUUAUCUUCAUUGGAUUUUAUUCAAAUGGACCAACACCAACAAGAAGAAGAAUUAUCAAGAAGAUCAGAAUCAAGAAAUCAAGGUUUUUUAGUUUAUUCUUCAAGUCAUGCAGAUAGAUGUCUAAGAUUAUAUAAAAUUGAAGAUGGUUAUAAAUCUUUAGUUCAUGGUAUACGAUUUUCUAAUGGACCAUCAACGGAAAUUUGUGUCAUUGAGAAAAAUAUCAUACCUGAUGUUUUGAAAGAAUCACAGUCACAAAUAGUGAAUCAGAAUAAAAGAAUGCGAUUGUAA